CUUGCCGUCUUCUUUGGGCGUAUCCCACGAAGCCGAAGGAGGCGAAGCCCCUCGUCUCGCCCGUCCGAUCCCUGCUUCCUUCGUUUUCAUCCGUCCAUCUCCCUUUCUAUCUUUAUUUUUCCUCGCUUCUUCCAUUAGAUUGCAAGUACAAAUCAAGAUCGAUAGCGAAUGGAGGCGUAGGAGACCUUUUCCCGUUUCUAAGACUGCGAGGAUUUCGAACGGCGGAAGGAGGAAAUAGUUAGGGUUUUGAUCUCGUUUUCUAUCGCCAGGUCCUUUUGGCCUGCGGCUUAGUCUAGGAUUUUGAGGUGCUGGAUCUUUGAAGUCUGAUGGAAAACGGGGCGAAUCGGUUGGAAGAGAUGAAGAUGGCUUUCGAGGAUGGGGCUUCGCCGCUCGAAUCGGUGGAUGGAGUUGGUGGCGGUUCCGCCGGGCCGAAGGAUGAAGCGAGGGAUUCUGAAGAAAACGAGAUUUUUGAGGAGGCCAUCGAGCCGCCACAACCGGAGCGUUCUGAUUCGCAAGAUUUUGCUGUAAAUGGAGGGGGGAUUGCGGAAGUACCUCGAUGCGGGAACGGGGAUGGGGUUGGGGGUCCUGACGAACAGGAAACGAUUGCUCCGGAGAAGUAUGAUGAAGCAGUGGAUAUGCAGGUGAAUGAUCGGAAUGCUGAUGAACAGGAAACGGUUGGUACCGAGAAUUUUGAUGGGUCGACAGAUGCUUUGCUCAAUGAUCAGAGUUCUGAGAAACAAGAAGCAAGUUUUUCUGAGAAGUUUGAUGAGUCAAUUGAUGUCCAAGUAAAUGAUCAGAGUCCUGAAGAGAAAGGGGCAACGGAGAUGGAAGCUUCUGCAGAGUCAGAUCAUUCUCUUCCUCUCAAACAAGUAGAAGAUAGGAAAGAAACCAUGCCUACUGAAUUGAAUGGUGUGGAAGCAGAUGGUGUGAUCAGUGAAAAGGUUGGAGAUGGGGUAGAAGUUUCUUCUAUUCCUGUGAAUGAUGGAGAAUUGAUUCUUGAGGAUAGCAAAGAAGAAUUUGUUGAUGAGAAUUCGAAUGAUGGGGAGCUUGAUGCGGUGAUAUCAGAUGGGCCGCAUUUAGCUGUUUAUGAAACGCCUGAAAAUGGAGGAUCACUCGAGGAGAUUUUGGAUAAGAACAGUGUGAGCUGCGGAACUGACUCAAAGGAACAUAUUCCACAUGAUGAUGGGGUUGAUCAGAUUCAGGAUGUUUCAGUCCGCUCAAGUACCUUUCCCCAUGAGCAGACUGUAAAUCAGCAGAGUGAAGAAGGUCCUUCUAAAAUGGAUAAUGGGUUUGUAGCUGAGGCACUUGCUUCUGUGGUAAAGGAAGAUGAAUCCACCAAUUCUCCUAUCACAGAUGGAAUUCGAGAGCACCCAAAGGAAGGCAGCGAACAGAGUCCUAGCUCUGACAGCAAGUCUGGGGUUAUCAAAGAUGUCGGAAAGCAAUCUGUAUUGGUAGAAGGUUUAGGUGACGCAGGUUCUACAGAUGAUGACAACAAGAAAAGUUAUAGUCAGCAAGCACCAUCCGUUAUUUCACAUUUUGAGAAUUCAGGUGGGACCUCUUUGCCAUCCCGUCCUGCUGGCCUUGGAUCUUCUGCUCCCUUACUGGAACCUUCUGCUCGCUCUCUUCAGCAACCCAGGGCAAAUGCAUCUGCUCCGCGAAGGCAAUCUCAGCAUUCUGAGGAGCCUGUUAAUGAUGAUGCAGAAGAGAAUGAUGAGACUCGUGAAAAGCUCCAGAUGAUCCGGGUUAAGUUCCUGCGUCUUGCUCACAGGCUUGGCCAAACACCACACAAUGUAGUUGUUGCACAAGUUCUAUACAGGCUUGGGCUAGCUGAGCAACUCAGAAGAAACACAAAUCGGCCUGGUGUAUUCAGCUUUGACCAAGCUAGUGUUAUGGCGGAGCAGCUUGAGGCAGCUGGACAGGAGCCCCUUGACUUCUCUUGUACAAUCAUGGUCAUAGGGAAGACGGGGGUGGGUAAGAGCGCUACCAUCAAUUCAAUUUUUGAUGCGGUUAAGUUGCAGACAGAUGCCUUCCAACCAGGUACUAAGAAAGUUCAGGAAAUAGAAGGGAUGGUUCAAGGAAUCAAGGUUAGGGUUAUUGAUACACCUGGACUUUCCUCUUCUUCUUCAGAUCAGCGUCGAAAUGAGAAUAUUCUCCACUCGGUGAAGAAGUUCAUCAGUAAGACUCCUCCAGAUAUUGUUCUUUACUUUGAUCGGUUGGAUAUGCAGAGCAGGGAUCAUGGGGAUGUACCACUCUUACGGACUAUAACUGACAUAUUUGGAGCAUCCAUUUGGUUCAAUGCUAUUGUUGUUCUAACUCAUGCUGCUUCUGCUCCACCUGAUGGCCCAAAUGGCAGUCCUUUGAGCUAUGAGAUGUUUGUGACACAGCGGUCCCAUGUAGUUCAGCAAGCAAUCCGACAAGCUGCCGGUGAUGUGCGGCUCAUGAACCCAGUUUCCUUGGUGGAAAACCACUCAGCAUGCAGGACGAAUAGGGCUGGCCAGAGGGUCUUGCCGAAUGGUCAAGUUUGGAAGCCACAACUAUUGUUACUUUCAUUUGCUUCAAAAAUUUUGGCAGAGGCAAACAUGCUUCUGAAGUUGCAGGACAGUCCACCUGGUAAACCUUUUGGAUCUCGUGCAAGAGCUCCUCCAUUGCCUUUCCUGCUGUCUUCUCUUCUCCAGUCAAGACCCGAACUAAAGUUGCCAGAGGAGCAGUUUGGUGGUGAUGAUACCUUGGGGGAGGAUUUAGAUGAGGAAUCUGACUCAGAUGACGAAACAGAUUAUGAUGAGUUGCCACCAUUCAAGCGGCUCACAAAAUCACAAUUGGCAAAACUGAGCAGAGCACAGAAGAAGGCAUAUUUUGAGGAGCUGGACUACAGAGAGAGGCUCUUCUAUAAAAAGCAGUUAAAAGAGGAGAAGAAGCUAAGGAAGCUAAGGAAGAAAAUGGCAGAGGCAGCUAAGGAUCUACCAAAUGAUUUUGACAAUGAGAACUUAGAAGAUGAAAGCAGUGGUCCCGCAUCUGUUCCUGUACCCAUGCCAGAUUUGGUGCUGCCUACUUCUUUUGAUUCUGAUAAUCCUAGCCACCGCUACCGUUUUCUUGAUUCUUCCAGCCAAUGGCUUGUCAGACCUGUGCUGGAAACUCAGGGUUGGGAUCAUGAUGUUGGUUACGAGGGUCUGAAUGUUGAAAGGUUAUUCAUAGUGAAAGAUAAGAUCCCAUUAUCCGUUUCUGGCCAGCUCACAAAGGAUAAGAAGGAAUGCACUCUUCAGAUGGAGCUGGCAAGUUCAAUUAAGCAUGGUGAAGGGAAAGCAACUUCAUUAGGCUUGGAUAUGCAGAGUGUUGGGAAGGAUAUGGCCUACACAUUACGUGGUGAAACAAGGAUUAAUAAUUUUAAACGAAACAACACAGCAGCUGGACUUUCAGUUACCCUCCUAGGGGAUACAAUGUCAGCUGGCCUGAAGAUUGAAGACAAACUGGUAAUUAACAAGCGGUUCAGAUUGCUCAUGAGUGGUGGUGCAAUGACUGGUCGAGGUGAUGUAGCUUAUGGAGGCCGUCUGGAGGCAACUUUAAGGGACAAAGACUAUCCGAUAGGACGGACUGUGUCCACUCUUGCACUCUCUGUUGUUGAUUGGCAUGGGGACCUGGCAAUUGGCUGCAAUGUUCAGUCUCAGAUUCCCAUAGGAAGAGGAACUAAUGUGAUUGGCCAUGCAAACCUGAGCAACAGGGGGACUGGGCAAAUUGGUAUCCGGUUGAAUAGCUCAGAACAGCUUCAGAUAGCACUGCUUGCACUUGUCCCCAUUUUCAGAAAUGUCAAGAGAAUGCUGUUUGGUUCUUCUCAGUCUAUGUAGCAGGUCAGCUAGGCUUGGUAACAUGAGAAGCUGCUGAACAGAACUUGCAAGAAAUGCCAAAAGAUUGGCUAUGUGCUUUUGGCAUGAACUGUGAGUAAAACCUAGCUUCUGUGUGGCACUUUUACUUUUCUUUAUGCUUUUAAAAGGGUAUAACAGUCUGUUAGAUGACUUAGUGGUUCUCUAUUUCAUCAGAGCUUACUUAGGAGAAACUGCUUGAUUUUCGCUUCGUGCCUUUGAGGGCAAAUUCUCUUGAAACAAUGCACUGGAAUGAUAAAUGAUAAGCUUUAGUGUUUGAUUCUCUGAAUUA